AUGGGCUAUAGAUCUCAGAAAGUGGAGGGAGAUCUAGCCGAAGCCCUAGAUUCCACCACGCCGGCAGUUGCUCGGGAUUCGGACCAGUCCAAUGCAAUAAUGAUCCGCCGACAAACCACGGUCGGCUUCUCGGUCGGUCAGCCCCUGUUCGUUCCUAGGUCAAGCCAAAGGGCUUUACCGGGACCACGGGGCCCACAAGUGUCGACUGUCUAUUUUUACUGGGGCUGCAUGGCGAGAACCAUGUGGACAGGACAACUGUAA